GAGCAGCUGCGAUAGGCAACGCCAAGAGCCACGUUCCUAGUGGUGCUGGCCGCCGACAAAGCUUAAAGGGAAAAGAGAGGCGGCAGCCGGAAGGAAUCGAAGCAUCAAGGACAGAGCAGCCGUGCCGAGCCGAGCUGAGCAGCGCAGAGAGAGAGAGAGGGACACCCAGACAACAAGAUCCCCUCCCCCCGCACGCCCGCACUCCACUCCCCCGACUCACACGCGCGCCCGCCAUUGCUCCCUUCGCUUUCUAGCUAGCUCCCUUGUCCCCUCCAUCGCUAGCUAGCCCGCCUAUAUCAUCAUUGCCCUGCGCCGCACGCUGCUCUGCUCUGCUCUGCUUUGCUCGUCUCGACUACGCGCCAACAAUGGAGAGGUGGCCGCCGGUUCCGGCGCCGGAGAGGCCGAGGCGGCGGCCUGGCCAGCCGUCCUUCUCGUCGACGCUGCUGGACGCCAUCUGCGACUCCUUGGACGAGCAGGCCGGCGGCCAGGGAGCUGCGGCGGAGCGUGCCGCCGAGGCACCAACGCCUGGCAGCGCCAAGAAGCAGCAGCAGGCGGCCCUGCAUUACUACUACUACUACAAGCCUUCCUUGGCCGCUAGCCACCGGGCGGCGCGUGCCGCGCCGGCGCCCGCCGACGACUGCUCCUCCGGCCGUGGCUACUUCUCGUCGUCCGAGGUCGAGUACUCCCUCCGCCGCCUCCGCCCCAUCCGCACCUCUGGCGGCGGCGUCGGGCCGGCCUCGGUGGCUCCGGCGGAGAAGCAGCAGGCGGUCCCGCCUGGCUCGGCGACGGCGAGGAGGGCGCGGAAGCCGUCCGCCGCCCCCGCCAGCCAUGGAGGCUGCCGCAGGCCGGCCUCUCCCGGCGCGCGGCUCGCCAGCCUGCUCAACGCAAUCUUCUCCGGCAAGCGGCAUUCCGCGCGGCAGCACCCGGCUCCGGCGGACGACGAGCCGACGGCGUGCUCGACGGCGCCCUCCAGCGCGCGCCCCUGCCUCGCCAAGACACCGCCAUCGGCGACGGCGCGGGCGCGCGCGACCCACAGCCGCAGGAGCAGGACCGUGCGGUUCUUGGACAUCGAAGGCGAGGUGGCUGUGGCAGCGGCCGCCGCUGGCUGCAGGCGAUUCCCGGUGGUGGAAGUGGAGGGCAGCGACGGCGGCGAGGAGAGCAGCGACGCGAGCUCCGACCUGUUCGAGCUGGAGAACCUCGCGGCGCUCGCUCCGGCGAACGGCGGCUCCGGUUGCCGUAGAACGUGCGAGGACGAGCUCCCGGUGUACGGGACGACUGGAGCUGGGCUUGCGCAGGACAUUGGACUUGUCCGUCGCCGCCCGUUUGGGUACGUCAGCCAUGGUCGGAGUUGCAGAGGCUUAUUUGAUUUCAAAUAGGUAGAGGGGGUGAACUGUAAAGUUGUCUCUUUUUUUUUGUGGCAUUUUGUUCUCCUUUUCAGGACUUUGGAAGCUUGUAUUUGCUGCUUUUAAAUUGCUCUGGCGGUAAAUAUAAGGCCUUGUUUAGUUCA